AGGAGCGAUCGUAGUAUUUCUCUUCAUUUCAAAUCCCUGUCGUGGCAGCACAGGCACGGCAGAGUACUUGUGUACCCCUUACCUACACCAAAGGAGGGUAAAUACCAAACACCGAGAGUCAAGUCCAUGUCCUAAUAAUAGUGAAAGGAGGACUUUAAGAGGAGGAAAGAUUAGUUUGAAGGCUCGCUGCGGAGGGAGGUAUCGCCUCGCUGUGUACACUUGCACUGGAUACACGAACCGCCUGGACGUUUCCACUUAUCUGCGAGUCACAGGAUCUCUCCGAUCUCGCGCUAACCCGCCAAACAUUCUCACGAUUCUCCUCCCUGCUGCCAGCCCUACCAUUGACAGAAACGCUGUGUUUUCAGCUUGUAAGCUACACACAACGCAUGCAGAACAGUGAUGUCAUCAAGUUGACCCACGUGAAACACAGGCAGAGCGUAUCCAUCUACAGAUCCAUUCAGGGCGACGGCCUACAGUUCCAGUGAGCCAAAGCCUGGGGAAAUCAUUAACCAGAAACAAAUCACAGCAGGACACUGACCUCAUCAGUUGUUACCGCAUUAUUCUUGGAGAGUGAGGCGGGCUUGGUUUGCGAGCGUCGCUCCACAGAGCCGUCGGAUGACUGUCUGACUCAUCACAACCCGCGAAUGACAGGCGUGCAUUCGAGGGUGGGGCCCGCCUCAGUCUCACAUGAUUGGCCGCUGGAUGGAAAUAAGGUGAAUGGAACACAUGCCCAAGGAGCAGGACCCAAAUCAAUCAGAGGGCGAAGAGAAACGGUGGCUCGAUGGCCCAAAAAGGAAGAGAAAAAACAGCCAGUGUUCGGUGAAGAGCAUGUCUGGGUACAUACCCAGCUACCUGGACAAGGAUGAGCCAUGUGUGGUGUGUGGAGACAAAGCUACUGGCUACCACUACCGCUGCAUCACGUGUGAGGGCUGCAAGGGGUUCUUCAGGCGCACCAUCCAGAAGAACCUGCAUCCCUCUUACUCGUGUAAGUACGAUGGUUGCUGCAUCAUCGACAAGAUCACCCGCAACCAGUGCCAGCUGUGUCGCUUCAAGAAAUGUAUUGCAGUUGGAAUGGCCAUGGAUCUGGUUCUGGAUGACUCAAAGCGGGUUGCGAAGCGCCGUUUGAUUGAGGAGAACCGUGAGAAGAGGAAAAAAGAGGAGAUGGUGAAGUCCCUGCAAAAUCGGCCAGAACCCAGCAGCUCAGAGUGGGAGCUCAUCCGUAUGGUGACAGAAGCUCACCAUCACACCAAUGCACAGGGCUCGCACUGGAAACAGAAACGCAAGUUCCUGCCAGAGGACAUCGGUCAGUCUCCAGUGGCCCCCACAUCAGAUGGAGACAAAGUGGAUCUGGAGGCCUUCAGUGAGUUUACCAAGAUCAUCACCCCAGCCAUCACACGCGUCGUCGACUUUGCCAAAAAAUUGCCCAUGUUUUCGGAGCUGCCUUGUGAGGAUCAGAUCAUCUUGCUGAAGGGCUGCUGUAUGGAGAUCAUGUCCCUACGUGCCGCAGUUCGGUAUGACCCAGAAAGUGAGACCCUGACCCUCAGUGGAGAGAUGGCUGUUAAACGAGAGCAGCUGAAGAAUGGAGGGCUGGGUGUGGUGUCGGACGCCAUCUUCGACUUGGGCAAGAGCCUGGCGCAGUUUAACUUGGAUGACUCUGAGGUGGCACUGCUACAAGCUGUACUACUUAUGAGCUCAGAUCGCACAGGCCUGACAUGCGUGGAGAAGAUCGAGAAGUGUCAGGAGAUGUACCUCCUGGCAUUCGAACACUACAUCAACUAUCGCAAGCACAACAUUCCCCAUUUCUGGCCCAAGCUGCUGAUGAAGGUGACGGACCUACGCAUGAUCGGAGCCUGCCACGCCAGCCGCUUCCUGCACAUGAAGGUGGAGUGCCCCACUGAACUCUUCCCCCCACUCUUCCUGGAGGUCUUCGAGGAUCAGGAGGUGUGAGGCGAUCGGGAGAAUCAGGAACGUUUUUGAACUCGUGUUCCUCAUCCCCUGUCACCCCACUCCACGCACCAAAACUCACCAGCAGCAGGAGUCUUCAUCAGAACAGCUUUCAUAUGGGGGUCUUAGUCGGCAACUUUAUUUUCUGCUUUUUACAGAAUACUCAGCCCUCCCUCCAUCCACUAAACUCCCUACGGGUGGCCCUUCUGUCUCUGCAUAAUGUCUUAUACUGGUUUACCAACACCUUAGUUAUAGACACAGAAUAUACACACAUACACAGUGUAGUACUUACUGAGCGACACAACCUUCAAUGAGGGUGUAUACAUUUGUACGCAUACACUGCACUACUGUCACACCAACUUCUCAGAACUGGAGGAGCACUUCUACGCCCUCUGACAAGACGCGAGGGCUUUGCCGGUUUAUGCCAUGUUGCAGCUGGCGUCGAUUCCUCUCAGCAGGUUGUGAAGUGGUCAGUUAACUUUAGUUACGUAAAAAAAGAUUUCUUGUGAGAUUGCAAUGUAACCACCGGCAUCUUGUCGCUCACGUGUUGUAGUUAUGUCGAGCUCCACACAAACGUGGAGCAUUUUGAACAAACCUCAUUAAUCUCUUACUAGUUACAUUGAGCCUGUGUGCGGAGUGGGAGGAUAUUUCUAAACCAAAUCAGGUGCUAUAUUUAAAUAAAGCUUCUCAAAAUGAUUUGGGACCUUUCGAAAAUAUGCCCUCCCUCCCUCCUCUGUAGGAUACAGACCAUUUGAAAGCAUUCGGUUGGUGGUUUAGCGAACAUUCAGGGGUGCCACUUAAAAACUUUGUGUGUGGUUCUACUCACCUUUGUCCAGGCUUUGUGUGUCGACACAUUGGCCUGUUCUGAAUGAUAAACGAGCUCUUUUCUCUCCCAGCAAAGUCACGCAGAGAGAAAAAGAGUGCGCAGGAGAGAUUUCACAAAAGACUUGGAAAUUCAGGCACCCCACUUGUGAUUCGCACUGAUUUGUAUGUUUUACAGGUGUUGGGAGGGAGCCAGUUACCAUCCUCCCAGACCCAGCACACACACACACACACACACACACAUAUGCACACAAAUAUACUCAAACACACACCUCAAAACUCAAAUGCCUCAUUUUUACUGUGUGCACUGCGGUGCUGUAGUUCUGGACUCCCAUGCAGGACUUUGAGAGUUCAGUCCAGCCCCUUUGUGUUCUGCCCAGAUGCUACUGUUUCCCGGUCUGUGUGAACACACAUGCACACACUCCUGGCGAGCCCUGGCGGACUGGCUGAUGUCGUUGUUUCUUUUUGUUUUUGUUUUUUGUUUUACCUCAAAUGUGGGCACACCUCCGGCUGGCUGUGGCUCCAAGACAGGACAGGUUCUACCUCACCUCUGGACACAGGGCAGCUACCCUCAGCCUCCUCCCACACACACACACACACACACACACACACACAUUUACUCACACACGGAAUUACUCUGCUGGAAAUCCAGAUUAAGCUUGUAGAUGUGUUUUGGAACAUGGUAGCUGUUUUUUAGCUGGACUAAGCUGGUCAUUAUAUUUAUAUUUUAAAUGUUUACAUUAUAUUUAUGCAUUAAGCCGACACUUUUUUUUUUUUCAAAGCGAUUUACAGUGCAUUCAAGGUAUGCAUUUUAUGAUUCUAUGAUUUAGUGGAUUCCCGGACCCUUCCCCUGAAAUCCGAACACAAGUGGUAAAAAGAAAAGCAUAUUUCAACCAGCUGUAAAUAGCAAUGUUUCGCCUGUCCACUUGUGAUUCGAUCUCCCAAAAUGCAUCUUAAUACAGGUGUAAACAGGGCCUUAGACCAGCUAAAAACCAGCGAGCAUGUUCCAAAACACAACUGUUAUCUUUAGCUAGAUUUCCCUGCAGGGAUACAUGCACCUACACAGAUUCACACACUGACAGCCAUAAAAAAACAACACAAUUUCUCUCAGUUCUAUCUCAGUUAAGUUGAAAUACCACUGUAGACAGGAGGGCCUUCCAUUACUCAUUGUAGCCUGUCAGAUUUCUCCGAGCUCCCUUUACUCUGGGCUGAGAGAACAAUUCUGUAUGGGGUUUGUUUUGUGUCUUUGUUUUUCUGUUCAUGUGGGACCAAGUGUCACUUUGAAAUUUCCGUCAAAACGGAAGCUAAUUUUUCGGCAGACUAGCGAACUAAACCAUUCAUGCCGCUGACUAUGAAGAGGCGCUGUUGAGACAACUACAGUUAAACGUGUGAGAAGAUGAAGGACCCGAGGUGGCCAGGCCUAAACCGACUGGGUCUAUCACUGUUAUCUAUUACCUUUCCAAUACCAAGCAGUAGUUUGUAAAAAUUUAUGAAAUUGAAGCGAGGAGUCGGCUGGAAUCUUCAGGGUGGCGGAGAGAAUGUGCAAUGGGCUGGGAAGGUGGGGCAACAAGAAGUUGAAAGAAAGCACUUAGCUUUGAAAGAGCCAAUUCAAAUCUUCACAAACAAUUAAACCCCUGGUUCCCGAGGCACCUUCUAUGGCCCAUCUCCCUCCAUGGAGUUUUUGCACUAAGGCAUGAUGGGCCCCCUCAAUCACACAGCAGCUCAGUCGCAUGUAAAGCAUGAGCUCUUUCCAAGGACUCUCUGUCAAACAGAGGCCACAACUACAUGUGCUCCUGAGCAUACCCUCAGUGUCAGUAUUAAAUCAACCAUAACACUCAUACAUGCCAGGUAUGGGCUGUAGUGCCAUGCCACAGUCACGGACUCCAACAGACACUUUCAAAAACAUACAUACACCAUUGUGCCCCCCACCCCCACACUUCCCCUUGAAGCCAGUCGUGGCUUUCGAUAAACACCAAACAGAAAUGGGCCUUUCCCUUGUGAGACAAGGGAGCGACCCUAGCCAUGCAAAGUAUGGCAGCACCGAAUGAAUGUGAACGAUUAGCAGCAGAGCGAAAGAGAGAAUCAAGUGUUGGAGAGAGAACGUGGAGUUUUACAUUCUUGCUCUAUAAUGGGAGGUUGCAAAGCAAAGGAAGACAGCCAGUCAGAGGCUACCGAUGACAUCACAGAAAGUGGAAAUGGAACGACCAUGUUAUUUCUUGCGGACAGUUGUGCGCCCCGGAGAGAGAGUGAGAACCUACCCACAAACCUCAAACAGACUGUCAUCACGAGAGAGAAACAGCAUUCUGUAAAUGCCGGUAUGGAAUUCCAUCUUCAAAUAUGACAACGCUGUGAUGACAGUGGUUCUGAUUGGCUGAUGGCAGGGGUUUUGAUGCUGCUUUACCUUCAAUUUUUUUGGCUUUGUUUUUUUGCAAAAGAUAGAAAGAGAUAAAAAAAGAUAUAAUAAAAUAAGAAUUACAAACCCAGAAAACAAAUAAAAAAGCGUGACUCCAGAACAAAGUUAAUAUCUUGGAGCUGAUUGUGCUUUUUGUUUUGUUCUUUCUUUUUUUUAAACUGAAAUGUGUUUGUUCGUUUUGGAUGCUUAUCUGCUCUAUGUAAGAGAGAAAACAACAGCCGUAGUCACUUUUUGACCAUGCGUGCAGUGUAAACUAGACAAGAAUUUCACCUCUUUUUCACCUCACUAUAGUUUGUAUUGAUAAGUCAAUUGCUCUGUUUGUCUGUGUAUCUGUCUUUUGUCCGUCUUUUUAUCAAGAGGAAUUUACAAAACAAGAAACAGGAAUAUUUUCUUUUUUUAUAUUUUGUUUUCUUUUUUACGAAAGAAGACUAGAAAUACGUAAAUAUGCUAAAUAAUGCAACAGAAACUGAAAAUAUGAAAAAAAAAAAAAACUGAAACACAAUCUACUCAUACCUCACACAACACAAAGCUUAAAUGAACUUGGGAGGAGUGCUGAUCUGUGUGGCACUUGUGUCAAAGUGCAUCCAACGCAUGUGUUGAAUUGUACGAUGGAGUGUAUGUGCUUGUCGCGCUCAUGUGAUUGCAGAGGCGCACAGCGUCCUUCUUCAGCCUUCACAGCCGAGAGCCCAUUCUGUUUCAGAUUUGCACCAGGUACAUACAUUAGUCAGUAAACAGAUGAGCCCGUGUGGCAUCGUCCAAAAGGCUCUGUCUGCGGUGAAGUGAUGGGCAGUAAUGGAAGCGGACAGGAUGCAGGAUGGCUGGAAGGCUGUAGAGGGAGUUGUGUGUAUCUGUGACAGCAGAGAGUACUUCAUGGUAUUGAAUGUAGCUGACAGGACUGGGCUGGAACCAAGCCCGGGAACUAGAACCUCACUUCAGGUCACCAGCAGAGUGGAUAGUGCUGUCAAAUUGUUGUUACACAAACAGCUUACUAAGCAUAUAUUGCCCGUCUUCAAGGUGCAAUAUUUUAUUCGGUUUUGUUUUUAUGUGUUUUUCCUUGUUUUGUCAUUUUUGGCCAUAACCAAGGAUGUAAAUAUAAAACGAAAGGUUAAAUCACUGUGUUAACCAUAUGCAAACGUCACAUGCUGGAUGUUGAGGCCCAAAUGCAAUCCAUUUUGUAAAGUGAAACUGCUUACAUAGCUCUGUAAAUGCUUCACAUACCUGUAUGUGUACUAUUGAGUGCACUCGCAAACGUGCAUGUUCUAUACAAAUAUGAAGAAGUGCCCCGUGAAUUUAACAAUCCAACCCCGUGCCUCCGCCCCGCACUCAAACCACAGAGAUAUCGACUGCUCUUUCCAUACAGGGUAACUAGACAUAAUGUCUGUUUCAUAGGUCCGAUAACUGACAGAGAAAUGGAGGAAGUGGUAUAGAUUUGGGGAAGUGUAGCAAAGAUGAAACAUCAGAGAGUAGCGAAUAGGUUUUCACUGUUAUUCACCCCCAAAAGCAUAGUCCGGUACCCAAAAGCACUUAACUGGCCCAGCAACUGCCAAUCAGAUUCUAUACGUCCAUACACAUUCACCAGGAGGGAGGGUAACAGCAGACACUGCAUUGCAAAAAAAAUUAAUUAAAAUAAAAUAUCUUACUCGUUAUUUUUCCCUUCUUAUUUUCUAGUAAAAUUAUCCGAACAUCGUUUAAACAAGAUUAAUUAACUUAAGAAGCAAAAUGACAAUAUUAACUCAUUUUCAGAAAAAUAUUAUCACAUUUUGUGACAUUAAUGCUUAAAACAAUAAAAGGCUAUUUGGCAAUGGGCAGGCCCAUACAGAAUCUGCACGCACAGAAUUCCACAGAAAUCUCCGCAGAGGAUGCCCAUAAUUCACAAAUGUCCACACAUUCCCUGUCCUUUGUAUGUUUGUUUAUUAAUCAUUUUAGCUAAUGUGAUAAUACUUUUUGCAGACAUUAAGACUGUAGUACUCUCAACUCAUUUAACAAAUUUUACUUUUUAAAUUGAAUUCCACAGAUUUUCUAAAAUAAUCAGCACAGAAGUCUACAAGUUUUGCCUGGGUCUGCCAAUGAGGGAAACAAAUAAUUAAAAGUUUACUUUUCUUACAAGGUUUAUUUUUCUUUCAUCAUUGGAAAAUUCUUUUUUUUCCCUUCUUUUAAGUACAAACCUUACUACUUUUGCUAGAUGUUUGUGUAACCAAGGGACUAAGGGGUGAAUUCACUUAACUGUUGUGCUACAUUUGCAUGAAGUAUUUAAUCGCAAAAACCUGCGUCAUCUUCUCUAACCACCCACAAUCCACCCUACUUUCUACUUACAGUAAAUUAAGCUAAUUUUAGAUUCAUUCACAAAUGUCUGUGCUAUUUGCCUGGUGCAAUUAACAUUGUGCUAUUAAAUUAUAAACUGCAUUUGAUUAAAAAGAUAUGUUUCUAUACAUUUUCUAUUGAUCAUGGCAGCAAUAAUUAAUUGUAAUCAGUAAUGAUCAAAUAACGGAGAAGGGUGUUGAUCUGAGUUAACCUAAUCCAAAUGUGCAGUCAAGUGCACUUUCGGUAAAUCGGACAUUAUAAAAGUGCAGACAGCACAUGCAAAUAAAAUGCGCUUUUUUGAGCCUCAUGUCGUUUUGCUUCUCAAAUAAAUAUAUCUUGUUUUAAGGAAGUUUAGAUAUUUUUACUGGAAAACAAGGCAAGAAAAAAAAAAAAGUGUGAGAAAUUUUUUGGUUUGCGGUGUGGUUUUGGUUUGCUUUGGUGGUGGUAUAGUUUUAUUUCUUACCCUUGUUUUUUUUUGUUUUUUUUUAAAGAUAGAUCAAAAAAAUGCCCUGUUGCAAGAAUGUCUAUGCAAUGUUCUACCCUCUGAUAGCAUGCAAUGAGAAGUAAUCUUUUUAAAUACUCCCACCCCCAAAGUCCCACCCACUGCAACUGCAUGAGCCUCAGUCAGAUUGUUCAUCAGUCAGUCAGUUUCAUAGACAAGGCAAGAAAAGUCCCUAACCUCACAUACAUGAGGAUGGUAACUCAACUUUCCACUGAUAAUACUCUAUUGAGAGACUGCCCUGCAAGUAGCAUGCUUUUGUGUUGUAUGUAUGAGUUUGCGUUGAACGCUCUCUCAUGGUUUGGUGGAUUGGUAGCAUACUACCUAUUAGACAACAAAAGCACUUUUUCAUAAAUGUAAUUAAUGAAAAUCAGUUCCAUUCUGUGAAAAUCAACCCCUUUAGACAUGCAUAGCUGGUUUCAAAAACAGAUGAACCCUGGUGCAUGAAACAUUCCCUAUGAGCCGAGGUGAUCAAUAAAACUUUUUCGCUUUUGUCAACCAGUUAUUAAUUUCUUUUAUACAGACAAAAAAACACAUUGUCUUAAUUAGUAUUUUUGUUUUGAUUUCUAGUAGAACUAUCUGAACAUCCUUAACACUUCUAUUUUGAUAAAAAUUUCAAACAACUGUUUUGACCCGGUAGAGUACAGUAUAAAUUGAUUGUAAACAUGAAUAUUGCCAUAGGCUUGUUUUACACAUUAAACACAAGCGUUUUAAAAUAGCAUUUCUUCUGGAAAGAGCUCCGCUUAUAUAUCAAUUGUGGUACUAUUCUUUUACGGUAGAUAUACUGUAUAGUGAACCCUUCAUUUUGAGAAAAAACAAAAAAACAUUUAAAUCUAAAAUUGAAUACAUUUUUUUUUUUUAAUUGUAUGUUUAAACAAAAUCAGAAUAAUUUUUAAUUAAUUAUGUCUUGCAAACAUUUAGUAAUGCCCCAGCAACCACCUAGCAACGCCCUAGUAAUCACUAAAAACACCCUGACAUGUGAGUCAAAAAUGACCUGAACAUAACAGGAGGGUUAAAGCAAGAUAUAUUUACUUAUGAAGCACAUUGUUGUUUUUUGUUUUUUUUUAAGCAAAAAGCUUGCCACAUUUUGUUAGAUUUACCCUCAACGAAAAAACUAAUUGACAGAUAUUUUUACAGGAAAACAAGACAUAAAUUCUAAUUAAGAAAACAUUUCUUGAAGUAUAAACUUUAAUUUCACGAGUUGAACUUUUUCCCCUCUCAGACCUUUAACAUUAGUGAGGCAUAUUUAAUUAGCUAUGGUACUGAAGUCAGUUUUAAUGUACUUGUACAGCAUGUGGAGAGAACCGUAAAUGCAAUAUGCAAAUCAGCAACUGAAUGAAACGAAUGAAAUACAUUCAAUCAAGUGGGGCGCAGAACCACACAGUUGAGUUUAAUUGGCCACCCUCAGCAUUGUGGUGUCAAAGCCCUCAAGUUUGGUGUGUUUAUCUUAAGCUGAUACUUCAUUUAAUUUGCUUUGUGUUGAUGAUUAUUUUUAAGUGCUCAAGUAUGAGCUAAAUGCACCCAGCCAUGAGAGUGUGAGUAGAGAGCGGGCAUGAUGUAUGUAUACACCACAUCUGUUUGAAAUGAGACUGGAAAGGAAAGCUUUUGAAAGAUUCUCUCAGGUAUCAACAAAAUAAAAAAGACAAAAAAGAAAUAUAUUAAACUUUUUUAAAUAAAUGUUGAAAAAUUCCAGCCACACCUUUUUGUUAGCUCAUCAUUCUUUGCUCUCUACGAUGUGCUUUCAGUGUUUGUGUCCUGUGGUGGUCUUCUGUUUAUUGUUCUCCAUUCACUCUCUGGUUAUCUGUUCUAUUUCUGACACACAUACACACACACGGACACAUCUCACACUCUUGAUGUUAAGCCUGGUGUUCCAGCAGUGAAAAUACAUCUCUGCUGAUCUAAAUAUUAAAGCAGAGAACCUUUAUAUUUCUGCAAAAGCAUAGUUUUUGACACAUGGGCAAGAAAAUGAAUAUAAAGGUGAAGUGUGUAAUUAUCGAACAUGUAAUUUUAAUGUUAAAAUAGUUUCUUCUAUUCCACUACUAAAAGUAAGCCGUUCGUAAGUUGAUUUCCCUGAAAACUUUUUUUCAUUCUGUGGCGCUAUCAAUACAUUGAGCCUGUUUACAUGCACACCAGUAUGCUGAUAACUUCCCCAAAUCAACUUAUUUAAAAAAAAAUCAGACAAAGCAAGAAAACAUGAGCUUUUAAUUAUCUGGUUAUUCUCUACUUUUGACAUCAAACCGCAAAGAGGCAUGCACAAAAAACUUGCGUACAAGCCAGAAUCUAGAAAGGUAAAAUUGCCGGGGCAAUGACAUAUGAUGGAGGGGCAUCGCCAAGGUGGAGGCGGUGUAUGUUGGUGCACAUGUGUCUUCCGUCAAUGUGGGGGGUUCCAUAAAAACAUGUUUGAAAACAGUCCUUACUUUUGCAAUUCCGUUUGGUGCUACUAUAUGCACAGAAAUUACCACUUCACCUUUGAAGUUAAAUUGAAUCUGUUUUUAUUUUAUUUUAUUUAUUUAUUUUAUGAAAAAAUGUUGUUGUGAGCCAGACCCAGUCAAACUUCUAUGUUUAAAAAAUCUAUGUACACAAUAUGUUAAGGUAGUGUAUAUCACCAUACAUUCAGCUUAUGUUUUUAUGGUUCUCAUGCAUUAUUCCUUAUGACUUAAGGUAAAAGAUUAACUGUACAUGGAAGAGAAUAAUUUAAACAUCUAAUGAUCAUAUAAAGACCCAUCAUUUUGAGAUUUGCUUUGUUGGUUUGGUGUAUUUUGUGCAUGCUUGUGUGUGUGAGCAUUUGUGCGUCUCAGCUUUCAUAGUGAUUAUGUAGCUGGAUUUGUUGACGGACCUCUUUGUUCUACCUUCAGACACACUUUGAGGCUUUUUUGAUGCAGUAAAGAAGCAAAUAUUUGAAAUUGAUAUUAUUUCCUUGAAGAAUGUAGCUGUUGAAAAGUAUGGUACUGGGUGGGGAAAUGGAGGACAGCUGAUGAAAAUGUGGUCAAUAAUGUGUUAUAGGUUCAACUUUAAAUAGGAACACUAAUGAUUUUCCAUUUGCUAAUGGAAAAGUUGUUUUUCUCUUUUGCUUCGUUUGACUCUUUAACCCUUGCUCUCAUUCACACUGGCACAAGAGAUUCAUUGAUUGUUUCGGUUGUUGUUCCUAUUGUGCUUUUGUGGAAUUUCUUUCAUUGUACAUGUUUGGAACCGAGUGCUUUUUUUGAAGUGAAGUUACUUGAAGGUAGUAAUUGUGUAAGGGCUCCAGAGACAAUAUCAACAUUUGAGAAAGUGUCUUUUCAUUAGUUCAUCUUGUGAGGAAAUAGUACUUUAUUUUGGCUUUGGAGUGUAGAAAGAUUUGCCCAGUAAUUUCAAGUUCAUAGUAAUUACAGAUCAGUGCAACAGUUAGAGACAUUUCAGUCAGAUCUUUCUAUGGGAUAUGGGCUUUUUGUUGUUUAAAGUGGUUAUUAAAGGCUUGAUGUAAAUUCUGAGAUACAAGCUAUCAUCCCCUGAAUCAAAUUUCUUGCUAGCAUUUUCACCAGAGUAUGACAAUUUGGUUGGUGUUUGAAUGUUUUGUGUUUAGUCAUGUUGAAUAGGUUGUUGGUAUUGUGUACAGAGAUUAUUCUAUCAAGUCAGGAGAGAAAACUAUGCAUAGACAGCAAGGAAUGUGUUUAGCUAGUCACAUGAGAGUAUGAAGAAUGGUUAUUUUUAAUGGCCAGUAUUUGUCAUGUUAUGCAAACGAAUGAGAGGUAUGAAGAAAUUCUUAUGCAGUGUUUGUCAGGUGUUCAGAUGGUUGCUUUUGGAUCGGGCUUGUUCAGGUUUGCUUUCAGGACAUGUUUCUAAACAACAUGCAAAAAAAAAAAAAUAAGUGCAAUCUGUAUUUCCAGGUCCAAAACUUGGGUCCAUGUAUCAAAGCCAUGCACUUCUGUCCGCAUUAACAGGGUUCCAAAGUGUACCCUCACAUCUGAUUUGCUGUUGUGUUUGUGCUGUUUCCACUAGUGUUCAAUCUCAGCUGUCCACUGAUCUGUUGCCAAAGCUUCCACAUGUUCAUUUCAUUCAGCUUUUCUUACAGGAUGUGCCAGAUAAGACAUAAAACAAGUGUCUAGUGUAUUAAAGAGAUGAAUGCUACAUAAGACAGGGUUGUUACCAAGCCCAGAUCUCAAAAUGGCAGUUAUGGUAAUAUGUUAUAUUAAUAUUAAAAAUAAAAAAUAAGGUGUAAUACUUUUUGUGAUUUAAUCUGUCUGUAUUUUUGCCCAUGACCAAGGAUAUAAUUAUUAAACUAAAAUAUUUUGAAAGAUUUAAUCAUUAUUUGUUACCAUUUUCAACCAUCACAUACUGGAUAAAGUGAGGCCAGAACACAUCU